AGCAAAUACAUAUACAGCCUGUCUACAUCUGUCUUCUCAGUCGAAUGAAUACGUUACAUUUGCUUUGUUAUAUCUGUUAGGCAUACACAUCUAUACUCAUAGAGUUAUAUAGUUUGACCUGAUUGACAACACCAUGAUGUCCCUGUCCGGAAACUCUGUGUAUCCCCACGAUGUCCUCGCUGUGUGGUUAUGUCUGCUGACAGUAUCCCAGGCGUACGUUAAUGUCGCCCUCAACAAACCAGCGUACCUACAGUACCCAUACAGAUGGGACGCCAGUAACGCUGUAGACGGACGUAAAUCAGACCUGAGUAGUGGUGGAGGUCAAUGUGCUGAAUCAAUGUACGCACAAACCGCCACCUGGUGGGUGAACCUGACCACCAUUCACAGCAUCCACCACAUCACCAUCUACUUCAACACGGACAAUAAACCAUUGGGUCCUUCUAAUUGGUUCACUAAGUUUUUCCUUGGAUUCUCGGUGUACGUCUCCAAUACAACAGACAGACUACAGGGAACACUGUGUUACAAGGACGACAACUUUACACUAGACACCAUACCUGCUGUCUUCACCACAACCUGUCCUGUACAUGGACAGUACGUCAUAUACUACAACGAGAGACUACCAGGAGUUACCUACCCUAGAGGUUACUCUGGAAAUGUUGCCACUGCCCUCUGUGAAGUGGAUGUGUAUGUUGAAAGAUGUCCCGUUGCCGGAUAUUUUGGGUCCAACUGUUCCGUUCCCUGUCCAGACGUCAACUGUCAGUACUGUCACAUAGAGACGGGCACCUGUCAGGGCUGUAAACCUGGAUACAAAGGUCACCGAUGUGAAAUAACUUGUCAAAGGGGAACAUAUGGUGCUGGCUGCAAAGAAACAUGUGGACACUGCCGUGACGUAAACAAGUGCUCCAUCAACAAUGGGACUUGCUUAACUGGGUGUGGUGCUGGUUUAAAAGGAGACUUGUGUAAAACUGCUUGUGACAGAGGGUCGUAUGGCUACGACUGCAAAGAAACAUGUGGACAUUGUCGUGACGUAAGCCAGUGUUCCAACACCAAUGGAUGGUGUCUGACGGGAUGUGACCCUGGUUAUCAAGGAGACUUGUGUAAAACAUCAUGUGACAGAGGGUCGUAUGGUUCUGAAUGCAAUGAAACAUGUGGACAUUGUCGUGACGUAGACCAUUGUUCCAAUAUUAAUGGGACGUGUUUAACUGGAUGUGAUGUUGACUAUCAAGGAGACUUGUGUAAAACUCUUUGCCCCGUUGGAUAUUUUGGACAAGACUGUUCUGAGACUUGUAUCAACAGUUACACCUGUGAUGGCUGUAACGAUGUCAGUGGUUCAUGUGAUUAUGGCUGCCGUCCUGGCUGGAUAGGAUACUUCUGUCAAAAAAGAAUAGGAUCGGAAGGGGGAGAUGUCAACUACUUGUCAGAACAGGAAUAUGACAUUAGGGGAGAGAACUGCUAAUAGGGUCAAAUGUCGUGAAAAAGACAAAAUAUGGUGUGAAAAGUGAACAUAUCCGAUUUGCUAUAUAUUGUACGACAUGUAAACUUUGUGUACUAUUAUUUUGUAAAAUGUUGUUGUCGCCAUCGAUCAUCAUACGGGGCGUCUUCUGUUGCAAGGCCAAAUGCAUUGACCGGGGCAUGGAGAGGGCAAAUGUGUGAGUAAGAGAACUGUGUCUUAAGUGUUUCUUGUAAUUUAAAUAUUUAACUCUUUCUUUUUAAAUAAAAAAGGAAUGCAAGAAAGAAGUAAAGUUCGAAGACUUGGAGUAGACAAAAGUGGACGUUAACAAAAACCAAAACCAUACAAAAGGAGUGAGGCAGCUUGUUCUUUUUGCACAACAACGAGUGUUUGUGGUGUUGUAUUGUAUGCAUUUCAUGAUUAACACACUAUUUCUUUUAUUAAUUUAAAUUUUUCUUCUACUGAUGACAUAAAAGUGGUUCUGUUUUUGUUUUUGUUUUUUUGUGGGGUUUUUUUAUUUGUUUUUUUUAUUCUCUAAAAUCAAAUAGAACUUAACACAUGGUUGUAUUUAAUAGUAACCGGAUGUCAUUCUCGAAAUGUCAACUGGAAUAAAGACCUGACUGCUUAAUGUAUUAACCGCCGGCAGGUACACCCCAAUCAUUUGCAGGAAUCCAUCUUGUACUUAAAGAAUUAAUGCCUUUACUUGGACACAACUACUGAACUGUGAACUGUAGCAGUUUUUUAAAGCAAUAAUAAAAAGAUAUGGUUGUGCAAUAACGCACAGAAUAUUUCCUAAUCGAUGUAGAUAUUACAUUGUAUUUCUUUCAUCAUGAUUAGUUUAAGAAUAGCUGUAAAUAAUCUUUGAAAACGACGUUCCAUCAAUAACAUUUGCAGACUUCCCAUUUUUAUGACAUUCUCGUAAUAAAAUGAAUGAUUGUAUAAAAAAGGGUUUAUCUGUAUAGAAAACAUAUUAAACCCCUGUCACACCGGAGUUGCAUCUUCAUGGCGAUACCGCUGCAUCCUUAAAUAAUGUAGAUCACCAAAGUACACGCAGUAGAGUCUCCUUCAGCGCCUUAACAAAGCAACGGCAUCUUCAUUUGCACCAUAAGGUCUCCAACCUCGCCACAAUAGCUCUGUUGGCGCGCUCAAGGAACGCAGCCAUUUGCAGUGUAGACGCAGUGAUAAGUUGAUUGCACUUGCACGAAGACCCCUCGGAGUCAUUUGUGAUGUCACUGCGUCUCUACCGUGCCAUUGCUGCGCAUCCAUAGCGUUAGAACGAGUUGUUUUUAGUUUGCUACGUUCACACAGCGACCCCAAGGAGCUGUUGCCUCGUCCAUUGCACUCUCUUGACGUUUCCUAGUGCAAUUUCAACCAGACUACGAAAAUUUGAACAACGACUGUUGUACAAUAGCUAGCGAUGUAGUAAUUUUAAAAUUCAUGUAGAUGACUGUGUAUAAAGGAGAAUUUGCGAAUAUUCCAAGACCUAUUGGAAGAGUAGAUCGAAUUCAUGUCUUUUUUUCUGAUGUUUUCACAUUUUUUCCAACAACUAAUAACGAUUCUUUUAGUAGACCUGUUUAUUAGGAUGCGUGUCUUUCACAAAUUAUUUAGAUUCUAGUUAUGUUUGAAUUUACUAUGUAAUUUAUUUUAUAAAACAAAAACAUAUUUGUAUCAUUCAUUUACCAGUUGUAAAGUGUAAAGACCGCUUGACGGAUACUCAACGAAAGCACAAUCGAUCGCCAAGUAGAAAUCUGUGAAAACACAGUUACACACCGCGGGAGUUCAGUAGAAUUGGCAUUUUAUUCGUAAACAUUUCAGAUAAAAUUGAACAUUUGUAUUCUGAAUUUGGUUUGCGAUCCUUCGGCGAUUCCAUGAAUUUUACAACGCUGUUAAUACGCUGUGAAAAGGCAACUUUGUGUGACAGGGUUUUAAUAUAAUUGAUCAUUACAUUAUCUUUAUUAAAAGCACUGAAUGUAGAUAUAAUAUUUUACUACAAUUAAGCUUUUUAAAAAUCAGUUUUGUUUGUGUUAUUUUUCUUUUAAAGUUUGCAUUUGUCCACUUAAU